CAUAAUCCAUUUUAUAUAUAAAAGGCGUUGCUAUUUAUUUUUAUUGCAAAUUAACAUCUGAGCCGAAACUGAAAAAAAAAACAGUUGAAUAAAAAUAGUGGUUUACUUUAUUUGCAGCGUCAAUUUAGACGCCAUGUUCGGAAAGCUGUUUUUACUCUCUCUUCUGUAUCUGGCCCAAGCCCGGCCCGACGACCGUCGCUACGAGCCCUCAGACCUCUGCCCCUCCCAAGGCCAUUGGCUCCUCCCUCACGAGUACGACUGCACACUAUUCUACUAUUGCGAAUAUGGUCUCAAGUGGAUAGAGCCCAGAAUGUGCGCGCCCGGCUCAGAGUUCUCUGCGGAGUUACAGGUGUGCAUCCAUCCAGUCCUGGCUAACUGCACUUUACCUGGGCCACCUACUGAAGGACCGGCCACAGAAGAAACUAUUGCCCCAACGGCUGGUUCCACUACCACUAUAGUUGUUCCUACUACAUAUGCCCCUACCACAUCAGCCCCCACUACUUUAGAGGUUGUAACUACCACUUCUGCUCCUAUAACGACUGCUUCCCCUAAUAUCACGACAGAAGCACCUGUCACCACAGCUCUUCCUAAUAUAACUACCGAAGCGCCUGUCACCACAGUUCUUCCUAAUAUUACUACCGAAGCACCUGUCACCACAGCUCUUCCUAAUAUAACUACCGAAGCGCCUGUCACCACAGCUCUUCCUAAUAUAACUACCGAAGCACCGGUCACCACAGCUCUUCCUAAUAUAACUACCGAAGCACCGGUCAGCACAGCUCUUCCUAAUAUAACUACCGAAGCGCCUGUCACCACAGCUCUUCCCAAUAUUACUACCGAAGCCCCUGUCACCACAGCUCUUCCUAAUAUAACUACCGAAGCACCGGUCAGCACAGCUCUUCCUAAUAUAACUACCGAAUCGCCUGUCACCACAGCUCUUCCCAAUAUUACUACCGAAACUCCUGUCACCACAGCUCUUCCUAAUACAACUACCGAAGCACCUGUCACAACAGCUCUUCCUAAUAUAACUACCGAAGCGCCUGUGACUACUGCUCUUCCUAAUAUAACUACCGAAGCACCUGUCACUACAGCUCUUCCUAAUAUUACUACCGAAGCACCUGUCACCACAGCUCUUCCUAAUAUAACUACCGAAGCACCUGUCACCACAGCUCUUCCUAAUAUAACUACCGAAGCACCGGUCACCACAGCUCUUCCUAAUAUAACUACCGAAGCACCGGUCACCACAGCUCUUCCUAAUAUAACUACCGAAGCACCUGUCACCACAGCUCUUCCUAAUAUAACUACCGAGGCACCUGUAACUACUGCACUUCCUAAUAUAACUACCGAAGCACCUGUCACCACAGCUCUUCCUAACAUUACUACUACCGAAGCACCAACAACUACUGCUGCUCCAACUACACAAGCCCCUGUUACUACGUCAGCUCCCACUACCACAACAGAAGCGGUUCCAACAUCUUCAACGGAACAAGCUCCAGUGGAACUGCUGCCAAAUGGAUGCCCAGCAGACUUCCACGUUCACCAGCUUUUGCCUCAUGAGUCGGACUGUACGAAGUUCUAUUACUGCAUCUUCGGUGAACUAGUUGAGAGGUCAUGCGGUGAGGGAACCGCGUUCAACCCUACUUUACAGGUCUGCGAUCGCGUUGAGAACGUCGAAUGCAAUAACAAUGAAAGCAAAGAAGAUGAAGAAGGUAGUGGGUUUGGAAGUGGAGAAGUGAAUGGUAGCGGAGAUUACAUCGAUGACGUCGACAUAGUUAUUGUAGACGGGAGUGGUGAAGGAGAUCUGGCUAAUGGAUGUCCAUCAGAUUUCGAAGAAUAUCGACUUCUGCCACACGAGACUGACUGCAGUAAAUUUUAUUACUGCGUUUUUGGUGUUAAAAUCGAAAGGUCCUGUGCUAAUGGUACCCAUUUCGAUUACGACCUUCAGGUGUGUGACCAUCCAGAUAACGUUGGGUGUGCUGUGUCCAACCCUGGGGGCAGUGGAGAAAACAAUGAAGACUCAUCAGAAGAGGACAGUGUAGAAUGGCUCGAAAACGGGUGUCCAGCUGACUCGACAAAUGUCAAUCAGCUACUGCCCCACGAAGACUGUGGCAAAUUCUAUCAGUGUGUCCACGGCAACAAGAUUGAGUUGCUGUGCCCGGCCGGGUUACACUUUAGCGUCAGCGAGAAUCGAUGUGAAUACCCUGCGAUAGCUGGCUGUGAAUCAGGCAAUGGCGGCGGUGAAAGUGGUGGUAAUGGCGGAAACAGCGGCGAAGAUAAUGGAAAUGGCGGAGAAGAUGGUGGCAAUGGCGAAAAUGGCGGUGAAGACGGUGGAGAAGAUGGUGGCAACGGAGCUGGGGAAGUCGAAACACUGCCUAACGGCUGCCCAGCUAACUACACCAUCGAACAGCUGCUGCCAAGCGCUGACUGCAGCAAAUACUAUCAGUGCGUGCACGGGAACAAAGUUGAGAGGCCUUGUGCUGAAGGCCUGCAUUUCAGUGUUGCCCAGAACCAAUGCGAUUACCCACAAUACGCCGGCUGUGAAUCUGGUAACGGAAACGGUGAAGACAAUGGUAGCGGUGAUGGUGACGGUGAUAUUGAUGUGGGAACACUGCCUAACGGUUGCCCAGUUGACUACACCAUCGAACAGCUGCUGCCAAGCGCUGACUGCAGCAAAUACUACCAGUGCGUGCACGGGAACAAGGUUGAGAGGCCUUGUGCUGAAGGCCUGCAUUUCAGUGUUGCCCAGAACCAAUGCGACUACCCUGAAUUCGCCGGCUGUGAAUCAGGCAGUGGUGACGGGAACGGUGAAGUUGGUGGCAACGGUGGAGACGAUGGUGACAAUGGAAGUGGAGAAAUAGAAACGCUGCCUAACGGCUGUCCAGCUGACUUCACCGUCGAACAGCUGCUACCAAGCGCUGAUUGCGGAAAAUUCUACCAGUGCGUGCACGGGAACAAAGUAGAGAGGCCAUGUCCUUCGGGACUACACUUCAGUGUUGAAAAACAAGAAUGCGAUUACCCCACAUUCGCUGGCUGUGAAUCGGGAAACGGAGAAGAUGGAAACGGAGGCAGCGGUGAAGAUAACGGCAACGGUGGUGAAGACGGAGAAAACGGUGGCAACAGUGAUGAAAAUGGUGGUAGCAGUGGUGAAAAUGGUGAAAACAGUGGAGAAGACGGCAGAGACGACAGAUGCCAGAAGGCUUGCAACAUCCCUCCCUGGUCUCACCGCGAUUGCGACAAAUACUGGCGAUGUGACGGGGUAAAUGCUGCCUUAGUCACCUGCUCUGAAGGUCUACAUUUCAAUGUCGACACGUUAACCUGCGACUUGAUAUCUAAUGCUAAUUGUGUUCAAAGCUUGAGGAGGUCGAAUGGACCUUUCAUUCAAAUUUUCAACGCUAGAUUACGAUAAAUCUAUUUAGAACAUAAUCACAUACAUUGAUUUUCCGCCUUACUUCGAUUCAUGAGUUUUAGAGAUGGCAAUUGUAUUUAUCAAUUAAAUACUUUGGUAAAAAUAAUGAUUCCAGUGACAUAUAUACUUACCACAUAGAAAAAUAAAUUAAUAAGUUUUGCGUACUAUUAAUAUACAUCUAGAAUUCUUCAGUUAUUUUUCUUUAAGCCUCGUACAAUCCUGGUGUACCUCAAGGUAGUGUAUUAGGCCCUCUAUAAAUAUUUUUUUUAAUAAUUUCGGAAUUUUACUUACAUUAAAUAUUUAAUCUGUAUACUUAAUAUGAAUUUGUAUGUUUCUAUUUUUAUUAUUUAAAUAUUUUUUUACUUAAAUAUUCCAUAUGUGCCAAAACAACAUUUGUUAAAGCUUACACGUUUAAUAAAUUACUAUUAAUAAAUA